AUGAAUCAACGACUAGUAUAUCUUUUGAUUAUUUUUAUCGCUAUUGAACAAGUUAUCAAUAUUCAAAUAGAACAUCGAUUUCGUCGUGAAACAGUAUGGAAAACAACACAAGUUCUGAAUUGUAUUCGACGACUUCGAUCAAUUAUAAUUCGCCCUUCAAAACUUGAUUUAUCAACAGAAAUGUUAAAUUGUCUUCAACAAACGAAAACAAAUAAAUCGAAUAAGAAGCUAAAUAAAACUUAA